AUGCAGUGGCAGGUGCUUUCUUCUUCAUCCCCCACCUCCCUCUAUGGGUCUCCUCCCCUGUCCAGGUCCCGUCCUGCGCUUCCCCGGGAACUCUGUUUCCGGCCUCGCCGCGUCUCCGUCCGCGCUUCCUCCUCCCCAUCUGUCACCUCCGCCGCCGUCACAACCACAGAAGUAGAAGAGCGCCCUUCUCCGACCUCAACCUCUCCCACCCCCAAGCUCAACCGUUACAGCUCUCGAAUUACAGAGCCGAAGUCUCAGGGUGCGUCCCAGGCGGUGCUCUAUGGGGUUGGCCUUACGGACGAGGACAUGGGGAAGCCCCAGAUUGGCAUCUCAUCGGUGUGGUACGAGGGCAACACGUGCAACAUGCACCUGCUUCAGCUUGCAGAGGCCGUGAAGGAGGGCGUCCGGGAGGCGGGGAUGAUCGGCUUCCGGUUCAAUACAAUUGGGGUCAGUGACGCUAUCUCAAUGGGCACCAGGGGAAUGUGCUACAGCCUGCAGUCGAGGGACCUCAUCGCCGACAGCAUAGAGACAGUCAUGUCUGCUCAGUGGUAUGAUGGAAACAUCUCCAUCCCCGGCUGCGACAAGAACGUGAGUUUUCAGUGCAAAUCUCUCCGCCGCCUAUCUUUUCUUCCUUUAAUGGCAUUUAGACCUUUGUUCUACCUAUCCGCCCAGAGGAAAAUUGGCGUUCGGCCAGCUGUAGUCUUAAGCUGACCCAUUUGAAUGGGAUGAAAUAUGUAACGCCCAUCAGUAUAUUUUUGUGAUGGAAACAUGAAGUUGAUAUGCUCAUUAAUGCAAACAUGAAGUCUUAAGCUGACCUUUAUUUGAAAAAUAUUUUGCUUUUCUUAAGUAAAGAUAAGUGGUUCAGUGUCAUAGUGGCGUACUAUGCCUUCAUGAUGUUGUCACUGCAUGGUUUAGUCCUUGUAUCUCCAUUUUCCUGCAUCCAUUCACUCUUGGAUCUUUGCUACUUUUUUUUCAUAGAUGCCCGGUACAAUAAUGGCUAUGGGAAGACUUAAUCGACCGAGUAUAAUGGUUUACGGAGGAACAAUCAAGGUAUAUUUUCACAUCACUCCUUCCGUUGUACUUAUUCAACUCCAUUUAUUUGUAGCAUUAAUCUGGAAUUGAUUAUCUUUAGUAUGUUGAUCAUGAAGCCAUCCUCAUUCUGUUGGGUGAUGCUGUUAUGGUCACUGUGCUACCUGAAAUUCCCAACAUCCAAAAUUUGAUAGUUUUGCCGUACGUGGAUACUGUUUGAAUUUUUUUUUCUUGAUUGAUUGAAUAUCUUGUCGGGUUGUGUUCCUUUUCAGAUGUUCCUCUAGGUUUAUCAUUGGCACUUAGUUUAUUGCUCUUCUAGAUCAUUAACCACCCCUGCUCCGGUGGAUUUUCUGUUGAGUGGAAUUGCCCUAAGCUAGAAAAGUCUUCAAUGUUGUGCAUUUUACUUGAAAAUCAAGUCAUAAAUUCAACGUUUGGGCCAAUAAAUUUGAAACCAAGAGCAAAUAAUUAGAAGUAUCUAAGACUCUGAGGGUAAUAGUGAGUUUACGUGCUUUCUCUCCCAGAAAAAAGAAGCGAAAAGGGUAAAGACUGGGCUGAGAAGUAGGUUUUCAAACACGAUUGAAAUCCAUCUCUGAUCAGCUGGACAGACUAUGCUUCUAUUGGGAUUUUUUUCUCCUGUUAGAAAGAAAACAGUGAAUGAUGUAAAUUUUAUUCUACUGGAUUUUCUGUGUUUAUAGGUUCUUUGAGGGGCGGUUAAUUAUAUAAGUAACUGGCCUUUAAAUGGUUCCAAUUUGAGAAGAUCCUGCAAUAAUUGUGAAGUGUGAAGAGUAUUAUGGGCGUGGUUGACUUUUUAAUGUAUCUCUUAGUGUCCUUUCACAAAGCAAGACCUUCUAUUCCCAGCCCCUUUAAGUAGGCAGUGCGUCAUGUUGAGGUGCCAUGCCUUUUAGACAAUCUUUGCCGCCCAGUAUACAUUAGUACCUUGGCGUUAGAUGUGCAGAAAGAAAAUCCUUCCUAGAACGCCUUUUUUUUUAGUUUUUCUUCCUUCGUUCCACAUGAAGAUCAUCCACCCGUGCUCUUUAUGGAUUAGAUACUGAUAAAAUACCAGAAUCCGUUAAAACCUAAAAUUUUCCUGUUUUCUUCGUUUUAUUAAACAUGAAGGAUAACCAUAGUAUUAUCUUGAAAGCACCUUUAAAUUCAUCUUUAAUACUAACUUAUGCUCAAUGAUCUCCAGUAUGUGAUGAUUGUCUCAUUGUCUGCAGCCAGGACACUUUGAGGGAAACUCAUUUGACAUAGUUUCUGCAUUUCAGGUAUGUGCUUUUAGUUGCUUGAGGAGACACUUCUAUUUGCUUGAUUUUCAUACCUGCUCCCCUGUUUUGUUACUUUAAUGUAUCUCAAUUAGAUGAUAUUAUUAUGAAUCUUGCUAGUUACCUAGGGUCAUUGGUGAUGCAGCAAAGUUAUAAAACCAUAGCUUAUUUUUGACAGUUUGAGGAGAAAUGUUGACAUAGUGGAGAGUCGGACUGAGGGCUAAGACAAAUGAACUGUAUCUUUCACCUAACCUGUCCUUUGUUGGAAACGAGUUUUGAUUUUAGUUAGAAUGUAGGGAGAAUAAUCCAUUUUAAUAAUUUUGAAGUUUUUUCUACAGACAACUUUGGGAUCUUUAAUCCUCUGACACUAUUGAUCUGGUUUGGCCCAGAUUUGAGGGGCCAAGCAUGGAGUCUAGAAACGUUAUGUUUUCACCCUCAGUUGUCAGUUCCUGAUAGCUUCUACUUGGGCAAUGGUACCUGAUUCGAGGUGUCUUCUUUCUUCACAAAACAUUCCACUAUUUUUUCUGUAAAACAUUUGAGCUGUAUCAUUGUAUCUGAACUCAAUUAAUUUAAAUAUCUGAGUCAUAUUAUUUCUUUAUUAUUUUUACAUUAUUUUGUUUCCGGAGAUGUUCUUAUGCUUCUCACAUGAUAUUGGCAAUUUGGAGUGUUUUUUCUUGUGAUUGAAUUCUUUAAUAGCAUUAUCUGGUUAAUUUUUCUUCUUUGAUCUGCUUUUCAGUGCUAUGGGGAGUAUGUUAGUGGUGCAAUCACGGAUGAUCAGAGGAUAAAUGUUCUCCGGAAUUCAUGCCCAGGAGCAGGGGCCUGUGGUGGGAUGUACACUGCCAACACCAUGGCCUCAGCUAUUGAGACAAUGGGCAUGUCACUCCCGUACAGGUGUUGGUUUUCUCAUUAUUACAGUUUUUCACAGAGCAUAUUAAUCAAGCUUAUUCCUUGUUUAGUUGUAGAUUUUUGCUAACUUUUAUUUUAUUUCACAAGCUCUUCAACACCCGCUGAAGAUCCAUUGAAGUUGGACGAAUGCCGGUUGGCUGGAAAAUACCUUUUGGACCUGAUAAAAAUGGAUUUGAAGCCUCGGGACAUCAUCACGCCAAAAUCACUGCGGAAUGCGAUGGUUAUUGUGAUGGCCCUAGGUGGAUCCACUAAUGCUGUAUUGCAUUUGAUUGCAAUUGCAAGGUUAGGCGCUGAAAUUUUCGUUUGACUCGUGUUAUCUUCUUGAGCAGGUUCUCAUUCUUGUGUUUGUUGAUGGGUGGUGCCCUUUGCAGGUCCGUUGGUCUUCAGUUGUCUCUCGAUGAUUUUCAGAAGGUAAGCGAUCAGGUCCCUUUCCUGGCAGAUCUCAAACCCAGUGGCAAAUAUGUCAUGGAAGAUGUUCACAAGGUCAGCUGUGCACACCUGUUUACCUUUCCUUUUGUUCUUUGCUCAGUUUUAUUUUUAUUUUGAUGCUUAAGAUAGUCCCAUUUUAGCUGCUAUUGAAGUGAAUGUGUGAUUAUAUAGACACAUCGAAUCUAUAUAUUGCCAGCUGAUUCUGAUUCGAACACCCCAUUUAUGUUAUACACGUGACAAGGUCCAAAAAUUCACUUUUAGUCCCAUAUCCGUUUAUACAUUGCCAAAAAAAAUUGAGUUAGAUGAUCCAAUAACUGUUGACUUUUAAUUUUCAUGGUAGAUUGGUGGAACACCAGCAGUGAUCCGAUAUCUCUUGGAGCAUGAUCUUCUAGAUGGGGAUUGCCUGACAGGUUUAUGAAUAAAACUUUUGAUUUAUAUAAGAAGAAAUUACGGGCUCCUCAUUUCCCAUGAUUUUGACAUUUUUGGGAUCAUGAUUUUUUUUCCAGUCACAGGAAAGACACUCGCCGAAAAUGCCAAGCUCUUCCCUCCUCUCUCUGAAGGCCAGGUAAAUAGAAUAUGUAAUUUAUAAUCUUGUGAUAAACGCCAGGCAGAAUUAUGAGACCAAGUGCUCGUAUAUUAUCCUCCUGUUUCUUAAAAAGUAAUAACAAGUCAGUGUUUGAAAACUUUUACAGCAAGUGAUUAGGCCGUUGGAGACCCCCAUCAAAGCAACAGGCCACAUUCAGAUAUUGUAUGGGAAUCUUGCCCCAGAGGGCUCCGUGGCCAAGAUUACCGGCAAGGAAGGGCUAUUUUUCUCUGGUAUGGUACCUUAAAAUUAGAUGUUAUUCAACCCUUGUUAGAUUUAUAUUUAACGGUUAUUUAUGUGGUGUAUGUGAAAUGCAGGUCCAGCCCUUGUUUUUGAAGGCGAGGAGGCAAUGAUGGCCGCCAUUGCUGAGAACCCAAUGAACUUCAAGGUCUAGAACUCCUUUUUGUCCGUAAUCUUUUUAUUUGCAUGAUAUGCCUUUGUCCGUCAACUGCUCAAAAUUGAUCGAUUUAUAUGGUAAUCUGAAAUCCUGCUUCUAUGGUACAUGGAUUCAAAUCAUUAUGUCAUUCGAUGACUCCAAGAAAACUCUAUUCUUAGCUGUGAAUCCGAAUGCUCCGUGUUGUUCAUGUUCUGUUCAGGGCAAAGUUGUGGUUAUCAGAGGGGAAGGGCCCAAGGGUGGGCCUGGCAUGCCGGAGAUGCUGACGCCUACCAGUGCAAUAAUGGGCGCUGGUCUUGGCAAGGUAGUGGUGAAGAUCUUAAUGGGAAGUUCUUGUUUGAUGCAAACAAAAAUUACGUACAUUUGUUUCUCCAAACUUACAGGAGGUUGCGCUGCUCACUGACGGGAGGUUUUCUGGUGGAUCCCAUGGAUAUGUUGUUGGCCAUAUAUGCCCAGAAGCACAGGUUCUGCUCUAGCUGGUCAUAUAUUAUGAACUUUGGUUUGACUGUUGGCAUUUGUAGUAACUGCUGGUGUGAGGAACUCAUCACAUGUGGUUAAUAGUCCCCUUCACCGAUCUUGAUGACUGUCCAGGAGGGUGGCCCCAUCGGCUUGGUCGAAAAUGGUGACACAAUAACCAUCGACAUCCAGAAGAGAAGGAUGGACGUCCACUUGACCGACGAGGAGCUGGCUGAGAGGCAGAGGAAGUGGAAGGCGCCCCCAUACAAGGCCUCCAAUGGUGUGCUCUACAAGGUCCGUAGAUGGCUCGCUGAUGCAACAAAAUCCACCAUUUCUCACCGUUUGAUUCUCAAAACUUACUUCUCUUUGUGCCGACUUCUUCUAUUGAACAGUACAUAAAGAAUGUGCAAUCCGCAUCAAGAGGGUGCGUGACGGAUGAGUGA